UUACCGCUUGAUGCCUGAGAGAGCACCGCCUUACAGGAAGUCCUGACAGAUAGGGUGCAUGAUGCCUUUAGAUUGACGUAACAUACCUGGUGUUCAUACCUGGUGUUUGCGGCAGAAGCUAACACCUUGAGAAGAGCAAAAUGAUAGUCUGGGAGAUGUUCCUUAUUCCAGUCUCCCUGGCAGUGACAGCCAUGUCGUCGAAUUGUACACCCCAGAUCCUGGAUGAACCCCCAGGCCCGGUUCUUCGUGGUUCCUCCCUGACUCUGAUCUGCAGCGGUACAUGUCAGGGAGGAACCAAGAGUAACAGAGUAAUGUUGAACUGGCGCUUCUCCGCCAAUGAUUCAAAAAGAUCAGACGAAGAGAGAAACUUUACAUGCAACAAUAGACCCCCUGAGGAAAAGAUGUGGUGCAAUUACACAAUAACAAAUGUCCAAGACAAGGACAGUGGAUGGUACUAUUGUGUAGUCACGUUCGUCAAACCUAUAUUAAGGAAAAUCUAUUCCAAUGGAACACUCAUUGUUGUCGCAGGGAACGAGAUGGAAGUGACUGCAAAAUCAGGAACUAAGACCCCAGGUUUUAUAGAUGUGAUCGGGAACAAGACGUUCCUCAUCGUCUCUGGAGUGUCCGCGCUCCUCCUCAUCGUGCUGGUGGUGAUGAUCUGUGUUGUUCAGAGAAGAAGGCGAAGGCACCAAGAGAUGACCUGCCCCAUUUAUGGUAACACCCGUCCACCACCGGCGACCAGCAGGCAGCAAACCAGCGAACCCGACCCUCUGGUGGCCAGCAGAGUCCCCCCAGAGGCCCAGACACCCCUGAAAGCAAAGUGUCGAGAUGUCCCUGAGCAAGACACAUCACCCUAACUGCCUCCGACGAGUUGGCUGUCACCUUGCAAGGUUGACGCCGCCGUCGGUGUAAAUGAAUGGUUAAAAAAAGAUUAUAUAUAUACAUAGCAUUAUGCUCCCACCUCACAGUGUAUUUAAUGGCUGAUAUGUAUUCAUACAGGACCAAAUGUUGGUAUAGUUUUUAUUUAACAUUUAAUGUUUAUUUAGCAUUUACAAUAUUUAAUUAAUAUUUUUGGUCCAAUAUUUGGUCUUUACUUAAUUUGGCUGUAGUUGAAAUAGGCCUUGGAUAAUUGUUAUGUGGUGUUCGGAUUUCUUUUUUUUUGCGCCUGUACUUGGAAAACCUUCAAACAGAGCUUUGGAAUGUAUCAUUUGUAUUGAAUUACUCUUUUGAGUGUCUCACUGUGUGCUCGAUAUAAUAAAUGUCAACUACUUUGGAAAAAAUUUGUAAAAGUCCAUUAUAGACAUGAUCAGUUGAUAACUGAGAAAGUCUGUAGCCCUGAUAAGGUCUGUACCCCUGAAUGUCUGUACCCCUGAUCAUUUUCGACCCG